AUUUCAUAGAGAGGGGAGCAGGAAGAAGGAAACUCCCACUGUUUGCUGAAUAGCUGGAGGAGCGUCUCAGCAAGUGCUUUCUGAAAGAGAGAAGGACAGAGGCAAAACAAAUGAUGAAGAUGAAAUUAAUUAUGAAAGAAAAGGAGCGAUUUACGAAGACAUUGUCACAUGUUUAAGAGAAAACUUGGCAAAAUUUUCAGAAAAUAUGUCUAAACGUGCAACUAAAUUCAAAGAACAAAAAUCAAUGGGAAGAAAUGAACUUGAGGAGGCACUAAAGAAAGAGGAGACAGCUACAUUCCCUAAAGCUGUAACUGGUUUGCGAAAGAGUACACUGGAGAAGAAUCAAAAUAAUUUCAUGAAGAAUCAAAUGAGCAGGAGACUACAGCCAAGCUUAAACUGGAGGUCUUCUAUGGACAUCAAAGCCCACAAAAGUCCUGCAAAAGACAGCCAAGAAGAAAAACGUGGCAAAAGAUUUGAAAAAACAAUGUCAUCUGCUUCACAUGGAAGAGCUCAGUUACUGAGUAAAAAUGUGGAUAAAUUUGAAGAAAUAUCAAGCGAGAGCCCCUCAGAGAGUGAGGAAGAUGAAGAACCAAGCGACCACCGUCAGGAGGCAAAUGUGGAUUUGCCAUCAGAGUACUGGCAAAUUCAGAAGCUGGUGAGAUAUUUAAAGGGAGGAAAUCAAACAGCUACAGUGAUUGCACUGUGUUUGAUACGGGAUUUCAACCUAGCCCAUGAGACCUGCCAACUGGCAAUCAGAGAAGUGGGAGGCCUUGAGGUUUUAAUCAACUUACUUGAUACCGAUGAAAUCAAGUGUAAGAUCGGUUCAUUAAAAAUCAUGAAGGAGAUCAGCCAUAACCCUCAAGUCAGACGUAACAUAGUUGACCUCGGGGGAUUGUCUAUCAUAGUCAAUAUACUUGACUCUCCACACAAGAUUCUGAAGUGCUUGGCAGCAGAGACGAUUGCGAAUAUUGCCAAGUUCAGACGAGCCCGACGGGUGGUGAGACGGCACGGUGGUAUUCCCAGGCUGGUUGCUCUCCUCGACUGCACACAGAGUACCACAGAACCUGCAUACUUAAGUCUCUAUGACACCAGAGAUGUGGAAGUGGCUCGCUGUGGGGCCCUGGCGUUGUGGAGUUGCAGCAAGAGUUAUGCCAAUAAAGAAGCCAUCCGCAAAGCCGGGGGCAUUCCUCUAUUGGCCCAGUUACUGAAGACUUCCCAUGAGGACAUGCUCAUUCCGGUGGUGGGAACGUUACAGGAAUGUGCAUCGGAGGAAAACUACCGGGCUGCAAUCAAAGCAGAAAGGAUCAUUGAAAAUCUGGUGAAGAACCUAAACAGUGAGAAUGAGCAACUGCAGGAACACUGUGCCAUGGCCAUUUACCAGUGUGCUGAAGACGAGGAAACUCGUGACCUGGUUAGGCUGCAUGGAGGCCUGAGACCCCUGGCCAGUCUGCUGAGUAACACCGACAACAAAGAACGCCUAGCUGCUGUCACGGGGGCAAUAUGGAAGUGCUCCAUCAGCAAGGAGAAUGUGACCAAGUUUCGGGAAUACAAAGCCAUUGAAGCUUUGGUGGAACUUUUAACCGAUCAGCCUGAAGAAGUACUCAUCAACGUGGUUGGGGCCUUAGGGGAAUGCUGCCAAGAUUAUGAAAGCAGGGUCAUCGUCCGGAGAUGUGGUGGCAUCCAACAGCUGGUGAACCUUCUUGUUGGAGUAAACCAAGCACUGCUUGUGAACGUCACGAAGACGGUGGGUGCCUGUGCCCUGGAGCCCGAGAGCAUGGUAAUAAUUGAUCGCUUAGAUGGAGUCCGUUUGCUGUGGUCGCUCCUGAAAAAUCCUCACCCAGAAGUGCAGGCCAGUGCAGCAUGGGCCCUCUGUCCAUGCAUCAAAAACGCUAAGGAUGCUGGUGAAAUGGUUCGCUCCUUUGUUGGUGGUUUGGAACUUGUCGUUAAUUUGCUGAAAUCAGAUAACAAAGAAGUUUUGGCAGGUAUAUGUGCUGUGAUUACCAAUAUCGCAAAAGAUCAAGAAAAUUUAGCUGUCAUUACAGAUCAUGGAGUUGUUCCUUUAUUGUCCAAACUGACCAACACAAACAACGAGAAAUUGAAGCGACAUCUAGCAGAAGCUAUCUCACACUGCUGCGUGUGGGGCAGGAAUAAAGUGACCUUCGGUGAACACAAAGCAGUGGCCCCACUCGUGCGUUAUCUGAAAUCCAGUGACAUCAGUGUGCACCGAGCAACAGCUCAGGCGCUGUACCAACUCUCAGAAGACAUCAACAACUGCAUCACGAUGCAUGAGAACGGCGCAGUCAAGCUUCUACUGGAUAUGGUUGGAUCCCCAGACCAAGACCUCCAGGAAGCCGCAGCUGGUUGCAUAGCCAACAUCCGUAGGUUGGCUCUUGCCACAGAAAAGGCAAGAUACACUUGAAACUCAAACAGGUGCUGCAAGCUACUGAAUGUCACAUGGUAUGGGACGUGUCACUCCCAAAUCCAGGAAACCUAAGUUGAGAAACUUUAAUUGCUUAA